CAGCCUCUGAGGUCACCGGCCAAGGGCCUGAGCCUGCUGGCUGAAGCUGAGUUGUUUCCCUCAGGUGCUCAUUCUUGGACUUUCCUAGGACCAGAGGAAGGAGCUCAAGAACCUAAGGCUAACAGUCCCUCCCCACCUUCCAACCUCCCCGCCAGGAAUGCUGUAUUGGGCCUGAGCCAAGACAUUCCAGAGGCCAGAAAUUGGCUCCAGGUCCGAGGCCACUUGUGGGAUUUCUUCUCAGGCUGGCUUGGCCGCCUCUGGCAUCCCGCUUUGUCAAGGGCAAUUAUCAUAAGUCCCUUUGCAGACCAGGAGAUGGGCUUAAAGGUUAGAGCAUCUCUGAAAGCUGCCUCUUCGCUGAGCCGAGGCUGAGCCCCACGAGGAGGAGGCGCCAGGGAGAGGAAGAUGAGUUUGUGUUCGGUAGUCAUCUCAAUCAAAGGAAAAGUUCCUGCUCAUCUCCUGUAAGAGCCUGGUUCCGGGCACUCAAGGCUAGCAGCCAGCCUGUCUCUAGACCGGGUUUUCCUGGCCGUGGAUGCAGCCUCCACCUCCCCCAGGCUCCAGUGGACCCAAGCUGCCCCAAGCAAGAGGACCUGUCCCGAGACCCCUUGCUCCCACAGGACCAGAAGGAGAAGCCUGGGGGGUACACCAGUGCCUGUGUGGGCCAGCCCCCAUGCCAUGGGAGCGACUCAUGGGAAAAAGAAAGAAUAUUCCCCUCAGUCCAGGUUUCACAAUGAAAAUGGGAAACAUAGUAUGAAUGGCUCAGCUUCGUUGUACUCUGAAAUGCAGCGGGAUAGAACAGAGAGAGCUGGGGGAGUCACGGCCCAUCCGGACUACAAAGAUUGGAACACAGAACUCAUCAAACCCAAGAAGCUGACGAAUCCUGUAAAAGCCUCCAGAAGUCACCAGGAGCUACACAGGGAGCUCCUCAUGAACCACAGAAGAGGCCUGGGACUGGACAGCAAGCCCGAGCUGCAGCGGGUCCUGGAGCAUCGGCGGCGGAAUCAGCUGCUUAGGCUGAAGAAGGAAGAAGAAGAGGCCAAGAAACUCAAGUCGCCAUUCGAACAGGAGCUGCUGAAGAGACAGCAACGCCUGGAGGAGAUGGAAAAAGAAGCCAGAAAGGAAGAAGACCAGGCCCCUGAGUUUAUUAAAGUGAAAGAAAAUCUUCGGCGUAUCGCCACAAUAGCAGGGGAGGAGCAAGUCUAGCAGGUGAGGACAGAGCUACGUGGCAUUCCCUACGACUCCCAGAGCCUCGACCCCAGCAGCAUCCACACCCACCUGUACCCCGGCAUCUCUGUGUACCACACGGACAUCGGCAACCAGACCCUCGGGACCCCCUCCCGACACUAACUUGCUCCAAAAUGCCUCGUGGCGGCUCUGGGUGCUGAACAGGGUUGUUUUAAUGGUCACGGUACAUGUAGCGCUUCCUAGUAGGACUCUUCCCGUGAGGAUGGCCGAGGCGCCACUGCCAGGGCCUCUCCUCCCUGCGGGCCCACUAACAUCUAGAUCUCUUCUUUCUCCGUAACAAUCCCAGGUGUAUUCUGAGCAAAGACAUGCCCACAUCGGAAAUCCCAGCAUGUUGAAGGAGAGGGAGGGCCCACACGUGUGUUUUUGUCUGAAGGGAAAGCUGGAGACGUAGUGAACCAGGUGCCCUUGCUGAUCCACACAAAUGACCUGGGCUUGGAUCUGCCCGAGGACUGUAAGCUAAGAUGUCCUGAUCAAAGCCUGGCCCCAUCUGGCCAAAAUAAAGCUGCCGAGCGGUCAGAAGCCCGACUUCCCAUUUCCCCCAGAUUUGCCAGCCAUAGUCAGCAGCAUGGAGAUGAUCAUUCUUGGGGUCAGGAUCAGCCACACACCUGCUAGGGGGAUGGCUGUCAUGAUGGGAUUGCCAAGACGCCCUCCCCCCCCCACCUCCCUAGGAGCAGCUAACCUGUCCAGUGCUCAGACCUGACUUCCUAGGCUCCUUCUGACCGUCCACUCCAUUUACAUUUCUGUGUCCUGGGGCAUCCUUUGUCUCCUUUCCCAGCCACCCCUCAACCCUGGGCUACCUGCACUCUCUCGAGUCCUGUGCCAUUUUGUGAUGCCUUGUAUUUUUGAGAAAACUGGAGAAUGUUUAUCCCCCAGGUCCCCCACCCCUGUUGCUCGAACUGGUCCCCUAAAUUAUUAUUUCAAGCAGAAUCCUGCCCAGGAAGGGAAGAGCUGGGCAGAGUUGGGCACAGAGAGAGCAGUGACAGCUGAGACCACACUUUGCCCCUCCGGUCCCUCGCCAGGAUCUGUCCAAUCUGGAAGAGUCGCGCAAAGCCUGUGUGUCUGCUCACGCGAGCUACCCCAAUGCCAGUCCUCAGCAGCCCCGGGGCUGAAAGCUAAACCACACCCUACAACCUCCCUGAUCUAACUGCACAUCAGAGGCAGACCAAAGGAGGCUUGGAGACUACAAAGCAGCUUAAGACAAAGCCGUGACAGGCCCUGUGCAGUGAAGAGAAAGCCCACCCGAGAGUCAGGAAGAACUAGGCCCAUCCUGGCUGCCCGGUCCCCACCAGACCACCAGGCCCUCAGUGCCCAGGCAUUAAGACAAGGAGUGUCAGGGAAUGUGCUGACCUGCCCUGGAGCGAAUCACAGUCCCGGGCUAAGCAAAACAAAACACCUAAAUGAAGGAAUGGAUAAAUAAAACUGUGCUGAAGUAGAUCAAAUAUCUUUAAGCUGUAUAAAAAUUCCAGUUGCUGGUAGAACUUUCAUGGAUGAGAUAAGGCUGAAUGAGUGAAGUGCAGAACCUGAAGCCAAGAUCUUUUCCAAACCAGUUCAUCUCCAUAUAGUAACACAGUCCCUCUCCAACAGGCCUGACCAGUGUCAUCUAGCCUGUGCCUGAGGGCUCCCAGUGAGGGGCACUCCACGACCUCGUGGGGCAGCCCAUCUCCCUCUGGGGUGGCUAGAAUUUUGGCUAGCUGACAUCAUGUCUCAUCUUGUCUCUUGGCAAUCUCUACCCAUGGCUCCUUUUGACUGAUACAGCCUGUCACUCAUAUUGAGCUUGUCUCCUACACUAAUUUUUUUUUUUUUAAGAAAGAAGACUUAAGAAAAAAACAAGCUCUUUAAAAUUGCAUUCUCCAGGCUUUGCUAAAAAGGCAUCAAAGGUACAACUAGAGGUGAAAGCCCUCUCUCCAGCCUCUACAAGUUCAGUUUAAAAAAAAAAAAAAAAGGCCUGUAGAUUCUUAUUUUUUUGAUGGCCAAGAAAGUCGACCACAAGAAAGCUAUCAGACUGGUUUUACUUUCCUAACUGACUAAUUCCAGGUACAAAUGUUGGUUGGAUCGAAUUGAACUGAACUGAAUCACAUCACUCCCUGGUAAUGCUGGAAAGGACUUUGGAAACAGAGUCCAAUUCCCUUGUGAAAGAUACCUGAGGAAACUGAGGCCCAGAACAGGAAAGGCCCAGAAUCACAUGGCUAGUAAGUGGCCUCACUGGGACUUGCUCUUAGAUCUCUUAACCCCAAGAAUGGUGCCCUUUACAUAAGCCCAUGUUGACUUCUUGGAAGAUGUUCCUGUCCAAUGCACACUCAUGGUCUGCAGGAAAGGGUGGAAUAGGCAGGUGUGAUCUGUAUUAUGGAUUCUGCCUUCCCAAAGGGCAACUGGAUGUAACCCCAGCGAGACAAUGUUGACAUUCUCUAGAUCCCACCCAAAGUGAUGCAUGGUUCCAAAAUAAAGCUGAGAGCUCUCCAGUUUCCUAAAGA